AUGGUUUUCAAGUGGGUACCGGUCCCCGAGGAUCACGCUAAGAAGAGUGCCUUUUGUCGUCCCCAGCCGAAUCCCCUUUCAUCAAACAGUGGUAGUAUUUUGCCGAACGCGACGAAACCGCCUGAACUGCGCACGGAGGCUCCUCUACCAGCUAUCACAACUACCACUGUCGCCUCCACUGCAGUGCGCGAAGAAGCCUCAGUCUCUGAAAGUAAAGAGCCAAUGGAUACCUCUGAGGACAAAGGUUUGGCUCUCUUUGGCGAUUAUUUCUCUAAGUCUGCAUAUAUUCUCUUUCCAGUACAUCUCCUCUAUCAAAGGCAAUGCACUUCUUUUUGACUUCUUGCAGAAACCACACUCGGUAUAAAAUGACUACUUAAGUAUCAUGCAUUUCUUCUAUUGAUUUUCAAUGGUCUUAUAAAUUUAAAUGUAUUUUAUAGAGAACAUGCAUAAAAAGUAUGCGUUCUUCUGCUCAUUUGGUAGGAAAUCACAUUGUCUUCAUAUUUUAUGCCCGAAGAAAGUGUAUAUUUGGGUUUUAAAAAGUUUUUAAUUAUGUGAUUUUUAAGACCGUGCGAUGUCCAUGCAUGCAAGACUGCACAUGUCCGUUUGCCAAUGCUCCUCAUGAAAUGUACAAAAUAGUCCGGAUCCAUUGCAAAAUUUAAUGAACUCUAUGUGGUAUCUUCUUAUAGGCAUAUAGGAAUAUAUGAUUUUCCUUACGCGGAAACCAUGCACCUUGUAGACUGAAAUUGCUAAACGCUGAUGCAAUGGCAGAUCCGGCUGAAAAUUAUUCGGGAUCUGAGGCACUUCUUUAAAACCUAAAUACACACUUUUUCGGGCAUAAAAUAUGAAGACAAUGUAAUUUCCUACUAAAUGAGCAAAAUAGCACAUACUUUUGUGCAUGUUCUCUAUAAAAUACAUUUAAAUUUAUAACACUAUCGAAAAUCAAUAGGAAAAAUGCAUGCUACUUAAGUAGUCAUUUUAUACCGAGUGUGGUUUCUGCAGGAGGUCAAAAAGGAAGGCAUUUAAAACCCGACAUCCUGGCGAAUCCGAAAUGUUAUAGGGUUGUGCUGCAUGUUACUCAGUGUAACAAGCCCACUUAAGUAAUCCUUCCUAAUCGGAAACGCAUUCCAGAAUUUUGGCCAACAUUUCAUGAGAUCGGUCACGCACCGUAUAUUCUCUUUCCAGUACAUCUCUUCUAUCAAAGACAAUCAGGGCUUAUAGGCAUUACCGCCACUGCCACCAUAUGUGUUUUACAAAGUAGUCGGUUUCGACUUUAUCUACGCCAACCAAGCUCCGCUGAUGGUGCUAUUGACGAAUAUGCGAUGACAGUGGCCCGCUUGAUGUUUCAGAUUUAGACGUUUUCCCUGGAGGUAGCCGAGUGGCGGACUGAAUAACCGCACAUAGUUCCGACUGCUGAUCUCGGACUGUUGAUGGACUUUGAGGUCGUCUACUCCCCAACCGUGUCUCAAAUUCCACACUUGCCUGGCAGUGAGGUUGUUCAGACUGAAACAUAACACAAUUUGACCAUUUUUGAUAACGAGGCCUAGUCCUUACUGCUUAUGCGAACUGCUGUUGUCGCGCUAUCAUUGUGCACUUCCCAAAAAACCAUAUAGGCUGUUAUCAUGCCUAGUUUAACCAGCUGGGAGGAUAUGGCAGAUAGUGUCCCACUACCCACGAAACCUACAACAGUAGCUCCGGUGAGCACGAGCCGCCCUCCUCUCCGAGUCAGACUAAGUUUUUUGUCUGAACUGCGGUUUCCUACAGGCAAGCAGCGUCGAACUUUUGGAGCCGGACGACGACAAGGUCCAAACAACGUCAGCCGUCUUUCUUGUAUUACCUGGGAUAUCCUGACGGUAUUAUCACAGCGUGUGUGGAUCGUAUCAUUCGGGGCGAGGUUAGUAUACUGCGCUGGAAGUGCUGUCCCCAGAUCCUAAAUCUCCGACCUCCUCUCACAACCGUAGUCGAGUCCUUAGAAGCGCGUGAUAAAAGGCUUUUAAAUCGGCAUCGUGUAGUUAUCUAACAUGCUUCGGCAGAGAGGCCUUAAGCAAGUGUGUAUAUCUGAUGUCGAUUGUAGCCUUUUUAAAUACCUCUUGACUGGGGACCUCUUGGGGUGUCGGUCUAAUAUUUCCAACCACCCAGUGGUCCAGCACAACGAAACCAGCAAGCCUCCCCUUUCAAAGGAAAGCCUCACUGCACUUUUUCUCGCCAAUUCUAGACUAUCCUUCGCAGAAUGCUUUCGUCUUUGUCGAAAGUUAGCCUGAAAGUGCUAUACCAUAAUUCCAAAAUAUUCGUCAACUUUAUCCUGCUUUACCGGUCCGAGUUAUGAGUUCCGCUGGUGGAGUACUUCAAAAAGCCAAAACUUUUCGACCGCUACUAACUUUGAACUCGACAAUGCAUCCGGCUGCUUAAACAUGUCCGAAAUACUUAUACAUGAAAGGUCUGAUACAGUGCUCGCUGAGGUGUUGCGUACAGACGAAAUCGUUGCGUGGCUAAAUGAUAUCACGCAGUAUGCUGCCGCCAACACCGCAAAUAAUGGGGUCUUCGUAACUCCGUCGUUUUUGUGUUUUGCCCAACCCCAUAGAUGACUAAGACUAGGUUUGUAAGUGCCGAUAGUUCCGUUCUGCGAACGCCUGAAUAGUAGCAUUGUUUCUCACUUAGCUCCCCCGGUGGAAGCGAACAAGCCGUGUGAUGUUCCGCCCGCCGUCAGCGAGACUACCGCAACCCCAGAGGUUCGUGAAUAUCCGAAUGGAAUGCCCUCUGAAAAUGAAGCUCCAGGUAAAUGUCGGUUGCUUUGUCUCAAUCCAUCACUGCUUUAUGGCGCAUUGCUCUUCUCCUGCCGACCAACCUCAUCGAACCAAAACAUGAUUACUUUAAAGAAACAAGUAGCCAUAUUUCAGAAAUUAUUCGCCUGGCUAAAUGGCCUAAUGACUUUCCUAUGGACCCGAGCGGGCAAGACCUCGUUUUCUUCGCACUACAAUGUACUUGGCAAGCUUUCCCACACUAUUCCUUUUAAUCAAUAGCAUCUGCUUCCCGAAAGGAGCAUUUGCCGUUAUCUUCACAUGGUGACUGCGGUGUUUAGGAUGAGUAUGAGUUGUCUUUUUGGUCUGUCUUUUAGAGGCUAAAAAGACGUGUGAAGCUGAGAAGGAGGAAGACUCUACACAGCCCUCCGAAGCCUCUAACACACCUGCUGAAAAUUCCGAUGUGACCUCUGCCAGGACCUCUUAA